GCGGGACAAGCAAGUUGGGUUGAGCGGCAGGCCGGGGCCGGAAGUGAAUGAUCCAUUCCCAAUUUGUUAAUUGUCUAUUCUAUGUCCAUUCGAGUUUUGUUUUCCCAACUCGAGCCGCAGCUGCCGGAGCUGAAACAUCCACCGCGUCUGGGCCGGACACACUCGCGCAGGAAUGUCGCACAUGUCAUAUAAUGGUGGGGCUGUGAUGGCCAUGAGGGGCAAGAACUGUGUGGCAAUUGCAGCUGACAGACGGUUUGGGAUUCAGGCGCAGACGGUGACAACUGACUUCCAGAAAAUCUUUCCAAUGGGCGACUGGUUAUACAUUGGACUGGCCGGUCUUGGCACAGACGUGCAGACUGUUUCACAACGUCUCAAGUUCAGGUUGAACCUCUAUGAACUAAAAGAAGGCAGACAGAUCAAGCCCAAAACAUUUAUGAGCAUGGUUUCAAAUCUCCUUUACGAGCGACGAUUUGGCCCGUACUACGUUGAGCCAGUAAUCGCGGGGCUCGACCCAAAGACAUUUCAACCGUUUAUCUGUUCGCUCGACUUAAUUGGGUGUCCAAUGGAGACAGAAGAUUUUGUGGUCAGCGGGACAUGCGCGGAACAAAUGUACGGCAUGUGCGAAUCGCUGUGGGAGCCCGACAUGCAAGCAGAAGACCUGUUUGAAACGAUUUCUCAGGCCAUGCUGAAUGCAGUGGAUCGAGAUGCCGUGUCUGGAAUGGGUGUCAUUGUUCACGUUAUUGAAAAGGACAAGGUUACCACCAGAACACUAAAGGCUCGCAUGGAUUAAAGAUUGAAAUUCCUCAGCAAACUUUGCAAUACAGCCUUUGCUGGAAA